AUGCGAGCAAAGAGGAUUUCAAAAGGCAGCAGCACGAUUGACCACAUUCACAGUGUUUCGAAAGUAUCGCGAGAGUACAAGAUGCCUCCCUGUCUCACCUUCAUCAACUUGAAGAAGGCCUUCGACUCAGUUGAGACGGAAGCGGUCAUGGAAGUCUUGGACAACCGAGGCGUCCCUAUUCAGUACAUAAAGAGAGAGGUGGGACACGGUGAUCCAACCUCACCUAGAAUAUUCGCAGCCUCGAGAAAGCUGGAAUGGAACGACAUGAUGGGUAUUGUAUGCCUCAUUCACGCUCAACGGAACGAGCAUAUCCGAGUGCACCAGCUACGUUUGUCUGUGUCGGGAAAUAAACAUGAAGAACGACCUGACCCCCGAGCUGGACAGGAGGAAACUAGUGACUUGGAGCGUAAGAGCAUUGAGGAUGUAAUGAAGAAAAACAUCCUGCUCCGUGCUCACCUCCUUAACACAGCACUUUCUGCUUUGACCUAUGCUCCAGAAACGUGGGCACUUCGCAACCAGGAAGAAAAUGCGCUCACUACAGGAAUACCGGAAGGAAGAUCCACUGGGCGGCUCUGGCACGGAAAAAUGGAAGAAUUACUGGCGCUCUCUCGACCAGUUCGAAGAUCAACGGGAAUCAAGGGCGCGGCCAGCUCUUUCUACUUUUCCGUUUGUUUUCAUGAGAGGAUGGAGAGAUUCGCAACAUUCGAAAUGAGGAGAGAAACAAUUCUGGAGUUUUCGGGUAUAGUUGCUACAGUGAUGCUCUUCUGUGCCCGCUCUUUCCGCCCAGUCCUGCUACCACACACGGUUAGACCAAGUACAACCCCUGUGGUCGAAGAGAAAAGGAGGCAUGGAAUUCACCAUCAACCGAAGCCCGAAUUAGCAGGUCUAAAAGACGACGAAUGUAGAAAGAAGUUCCACCAACGGAAAAGGAAGAGAGAGGGUGACGCCGACUCUUUCACCAAAUGUAUUGGAUGCUGCAAAGGAAACGCUUCAGGUGUUACCCGCACUACUGGUGAUUUCUGCCCGCAGAAGCGUCUUAGAAAGAAGUCGCUCCCCGAAUGGCGUUUCAAGUGGGAGGACAAGAAGCGGAACAUCAUGUACAACUUCGCCAUCAAUGACAUCAUACGAAACACAGUUGACCAUUGUUCCGCCGAUGUCGUUUUAACACGCAAUGCAAUUUUGAAACAUGUUGUGAACCUGAAAUUAGCGGCAGCAUGUGGACCGAUCAAUCAGAUGUUAGGUCGAGACCCUCAAGGGGAAUUUCAGAAAUAUUUCGAUACUAGGGUGGGAGACAGUAUGGCUGUUGUAAACAACCCGAGAGAGGUGGUUGCUAUGUUGGACUGCAUAGAUUCCAUGGUGGAUGUGCUCGAAUAUCUACACGAAUCGGGACGAAAACGUCGAACAUACGUGCGACCGGAGCACGUCCCAUUUCUAGAGACAAGAUUCCGUGAUUUCGACGAAUAUCUCUCGUCACAAACUCCGGAAUCUUUUCUCCAGUACACGCGGUUAUAUCCAGAAGAAUUUGAGCAGUUAUUUGAGCAUCUUGGAGGUCGACUUCACCACGCCUCCACUCAUGCUGCUCCUAUUGGCGCCAGGCAGCGGUUAUGUAUUUAUCUAAGAUUUGUUGGAAAUGGUUUCAAUUUUACGAAUUUGUCCGAGGAGUUCAGUUGUGGAAAAGCCACCGUUUCUGCGAUAGUUUCCGAGGUUAUGGAAGCAAUUAUAGAGAGUGAAACACACAAUGCCUUUCCACCCAUCACAAGGCAGUAUCUGGAAAAGGUCGCUGAAAAGACCCAAGAACUCUACGACUACCCUCGAGCUGUUGGGUUUCUAGAUGGACGACAUGUUGCAAUUAAGAAACCUAACGGAGGAAUCGAGGAGUACCUGAACUAUAAAAACUUCCAGUCUAUAGUUCUGCUAGCGAUUUGUGACGCUGAUUACCGUUUCCUUCUUUUCGAUGUCGGAUUACCAGGAAAUCUCGGCGACGCCUCAGUAUUCAGGAGCUCAAGCAUUUUUACGUUCUUUAACGAAUGUGAUGACCUCUUUCCGGAAACUGCUGACCUCGGGAGUGUUGGCCCAGUACAAUAUCAUAUCCUCACAGAUGAUGGUCUAGGACAGGGUGUACGGUAUAUUGAACCGUUUCCGGGACGUUCAGCAGAUACUGGAAGUAAGCAGAGGUUCAACAAGAAGCAUGGAUGCGCUCGUCGAGUGAUUGACAUAGCUUUUGAAAUGUUGCAAAGACGAUUCGCUGUCCUUCAGAAGCCACUGCAACUGGAACCAAACAGAGGUGGAAGAUUAGUGACGUCCCUACUGAUCCUACACAAUCUCGUGGCAUACAAACAAGACGUAGCUGCUUACGUAGAACGGUAUCCAGCACCGACCGAGACUCUCGUUGGACUUCAACCGAUUCCUCAAGCCAGAGGGCCCGAACGGGCGCGGUUGGCAAGGGAGCGAAUUGUGCAGCAUUAUGAUAAUCUAUACGGUGUACUCAUGUAG